AUGAUUUUGUUGCGUGCUUUGCUUGAUCAAGGUUCACAGAGCGCGUUUAUAACCGAAAAUGCUGCGCAAACGUUACGUUUGCCACGAAAACGCAUAAGUGCCGUUGUCACUGGAAUUGGCGCUUCUGAACAAAUGGCCAAGAAUACAAUGCAACUUGCCAUUUUUCCACGUUUCGAAUCCAAUUUCGUGAUAAAUUCUGAAGCAGUUAUUCUUUCAAAACUCACUCAAAUCACCCACGCAAAAUGCGAUGAGAAGUUCGGUUGGAUAGUUUCGGGCGCAAUGCCAAAAUCCUCACCGCUAAUACAAAUCUCAGCGUUUGUGUCUAAUGUGGAUUUGGACUUACAGUUGUCACGCUUCUUCUCAUCGGACGAUUUUGACAACGUUGAUGGUGAAUCAUUAACGGAAGAAGAAUCAAUGUGUGAGGAGCAUUUUGGGGCCACUCAUUCCCGUGAUGAGGAUGGUCGCUUUGUUGUCAAAAUGCCUUUCAAAAACGGUAUGGAAAGGCCCGAUUUGGGUGACUCGCGUCGAGCGGCUUUGGCAUCGCUGUUUUCUAUCGAGCGUCGCUUACAAUCAAAACCUGAAUUAAAAAUCCAAUAUUCGGAAUUCAUGAAUGAGUACUUAAAUAUGAAUCACAUGCGUGAAGUGAAUUCAAACGACGCCGAUGCCAAUUAUUUGCCUCACCACUUUGUCCUGAAGGACAGCACAACAACCAAACUACGCGUCGUUUUUAACGCCUCCCAAAAAACCUCAAAUGGUAAAAGUAUCAACGAGCAAUUGGCAAUUGGGCCAACCGAUCAAAAUAAUCUUCUAUUCAUUAUACUGAGGUGGAGGCGUCACCGGAUCGCCUUCACGGCAGACAUAGAGAAAAUUUACAGAAAAAUUCGUUUACAUGAGUCACAAACGAAUUUACAAAGAAUAUUGUGGCGUGAUGAUAAGUCGGAACCCAUUCGCGAAUACGAGUUAUCGACGGUAACGUACGGCAUGGCUUCGGCACCGUAUCUUGCUAUUCGAACACUCAAACAGCUUGCAAUGGAGGCUGCCGAUGAAAACCCUUUGGCGACAAAAACGUUGCACGGCGACUUUUAUGUCGAUGAUGUAUUAUCUGGAGCGGAUAGUGUGGAUGAAGCGUUGAAAGUAUAUACCGCAUUGAAUAAUUUAUUGCAUUCGGCCCGCUUGCAUCUGCGUAAAUGGGCAAGUAAUUCAUCAGAAUUUCUAGAAUUUGUUCCACUAUCCGACCAGGAGUUGGAUUCAUCGGGUGGAAUCAUAAAAACACUCGGUGUUGUGUGGUCUACUGGGACUGACGAUCUUUCUAUCAACGUUCCCAUGGAAAUGAAUGCCAUUCCGCGUACAAAACGCCAAUUGGCGUCCGAAAUAGCGUCCCUAUACGAUCCCCUCGGUUACAUUUGUCCAGUGGUGAUACUGGGAAAGAAUAUUUUGCAAAAAAUCUGGCGUUUUGAAUCAAAAAUUGGAUGGGAUGACGCCAUACCCCAACAAUUUGUCGAUGAGUGGUUAAAAAUUAAAUCCGAAAUGAAUGUCAUCUCUGAAUUAAGAAUUCCUCGAUGGAUCAACUAUUCCCCAGAAAACGAAAUGGAAUUACAUGGGUUUUGUGACGCGGCGUGUACUGAUUAUGCCGCCGCAAUUUAUGUUGUUAACAGAACCCAAAAAACAUCGCAUUUACUCGUCGCAAAGGCACGCGUCUCGCCGAUCAAAGAGGAGCGAAACAGUGACAAUGUCACAAUUCCUCGUUUGGAGCUAUGUGGAGCACUGCUCCUUGCACAAAUGACGGAUAAAGUGCUGAAAACCAUGGACAUUGAUUUCAAGCGCGUCU